CACAUUUCAUCCACCACUAGCACACGCUCCGUUAUGUCAGCCUUGACAAUCACGCUAAACGACGGGAACAAGAUUCCCUGGCUGGGUUUUGGGACUGGUACCGCGCUCUUUGGCAAGGAUGCAGAGAAUGCCGUCCAGGCCGCCAUCGCGAACGGCUUCGUUCACCUAGACGGUGCGCAGGCAUACAAUAACGAAGAGUCCCUCGGCGCAGGUAUUGUCGCCGCGGGUAAAGCUCGCUCGUCGCUCUUCGUUACCACCAAGUUGGACAAGGUCCCCCAGGGUCAGACCGUCCGCGACACGCUGGUGACGUCACUUAAGAAACUGCAACUUGACUAUGUCGAUCUCUUCCUCAUCCACUCGCCCAAGAACCAUCCGGCAGGAACUCUGUCCUCAGUAUGGAAGGAAGUCGAGGCACUGCAGAAGGAGGGCCUCGCUAAGAGCAUCGGAGUCUCCAACUUUCGUGUGCAGGAUCUGGAGGAAAUCCUUCCCAAUGCCAGUGUCAUCCCUGCAGUGAAUCAGAUUGAGUAUCAUCCGUAUGUCUUCAAGGCAGACCAGCCCGCGAUCGACCUCUUGAAGAAGCACAACAUCCUUCCGACGUCUUACGGUGGACUGGGCCCCAUCGUGCGCUUUAAGGGCGGUCCGUUGGACUCGGUUUUGCCGUCCAUUGCCAAACGGGUCAGCAAAGCUGCCGGAAAGCCUGUUACAGAAGGACAAGUACUGCAGCUGUGGCUUAAGGCCAAGGGGAUACCCGCUAUCACCACGACAUCGAAGGAGGAGCGUAUCAAAGAAUACCUCGCGACGGAGACCUUGCCGGCCCUCACUGCGGAUGAAGUGAAGACAAUCGACGAGACUGGCUCAAAGGUUCACCACCGAGCUUUCGCAAAGUUCUGGGAUGAUUAGGCGAUCUGCGUAUACUUUGUAGUAAAUAAUAGUGAAAGCUGUAUGACUAGACCACGGCGAAGCAUUCAAACAGAGUUUAGCG